AUGCUUCAAAUAGCAGACACAACAGCAAGACAAUUUCGUAUUUUUAUCGGAGCAGAAACCUUACCAACUCUUUUAUUGCGUACUCUCCAUGACGAUCAAUUACUAGAAGAUGAUCAACAAUUAAAAUCACGAUUUAAUAACUUACCAGAUAAACCCAGAUCGUUAUAUACUGGCAAGAUUCUUGUUAAUCUGCAUGCACGUCGUAUUGACAUUGAAACCAUAUUUACACAUGAUGGUUCGGGUGAACAUGAAAAAAUCGUCAAUCAAGAAGAUCUACUCGAUUCAGAAACUAAUCUACAAGAGUUACUUGAACGUUUGACUGCCUAUGGAAAAUCACGUAAUGUACAAUUAUUUCAGUUAAUCGAUCUCAAUUUACUUACGACAGAGAGUGCUUAUGAUGAAAAAGACAAAUUCGAAGUUUUAAAAGAACGUUUCGAUGAAUGUGCCGCUUAUCGUCGUUCAAUGAUUGUUUACGAUUUAGAUUCGUUAAUUGGUGUAAAUAGAAGUGAAGGAAAUUCUUCAAUGGGUCGAUCCACUAAUUUUUCUCUAAUCAAUCAAAAUGUUUACACUUACGUAAAAGAUAAAUUUCAAAGUGCAUAUGUUGAAUCUUCAACGAUAUCGUCGGAUACUACUAACGACGAUAGUAAUGAUAUAAUUAGUACUGAGAAAUGGACUGUCAUGGUUAUUCGUGAUCCAUUUCUUCUUCGUCAAUUUUGCGAUGAUGUUCAAUUUACACGUGCACAAAGUGAAAUUGAUGAAGAACAAGCUGAAAUACGUCGUGCUGAUGAACGAAUUAAAUGUGUUCAAUGUAAUGAUUAUUAUAUAGAACAAGACAAUAAGAUGGGUGUUUGUGCACAUCAUGACGGAUUUGUCUAUGAUAAUCAUUCAUUGACACUUGAACAAUGGGGUCAACGAGCUGCAGUAGAACAAUUACUGAAAGAAGAAGCAGCUGCUAUACAGAUGGCAUUAAAAGGUUCUUUACCAGCAGAAGAUAAAGAACGAUUAGAACGUGAAAAAGUACGUUUUAAAUACAUAUGUUGUAAUCAAACUAUGCAAGUUGGCAAUUCAAUGGGCGGUUGUAAAAGAGGAAAACAUAGUUCACCUGGUGUCACUUUGAUCGAAUGGGAACAUGAAUGUGAUCAUAAUCGAGAAUAUAAAGAUAAACUAUUGAACUUACUUGAAAACAGAAUUCGACAAUAG